AUGGUUUCUCGGAACAUGGGCUCUCCGCCGUUGGCUCCAGUGGACUCUGAUGAUUUCGACUGGAAUGUCAGUGACGAUGAGAUAGUAAAGGCCGCGGAGACCUUUGAUGGCGCCAGGCAGACGCCUGUUCGAGACCAAACAAUCCGCAAUCGCACAGUCUUUGCGGAGACGUCGGGCAACUCCUCCAAAGUACCUGUUCCGAAGAAGUCGCCUGGUCAUAGUGCAUUCUGGUCAAAUCAUCCAUGGUCUCAAGAAGUACGAAAAGUACUGAAAGAGCGGUUCCAACUGCGCGGAUUUCGACCGAAUCAGCUUGAAGCCAUUGACGCAACACUUGCUGGCAAGGACACGUUCAUUCUCAUGCCUACUGGAGGUGGAAAGUCCCUAUGUUAUCAACUACCUUCUAUCGUAACAGGCGGACGAACUACCGGAGUGACGAUCGUGAUAUCUCCAUUGCUGAGUUUGAUGGAGGACCAGGUCUCGCACCUGCGAAAACUGAGAGUCAAGGCUUUCAUGAUCAACGGCGAGACCGAGGCACAGGAGAAGUCGUGGAUUAUGGGCCAAAUCUCGAACGCAGGUGGUGAGGGCUUAGAGGUACUGUAUAUCACCCCCGAAAUGCUCAGUAAGAGCCAAGCGUUGAUCAGAGCCCUGGAGAAUCUUCACCGAAGAAACAGACUAGCACGCCUUGUCAUCGACGAGGCUCAUUGCGUCAGUCAGUGGGGACAUGACUUCCGACCCGACUAUAAAGAGCUUGGGGAGGUUCGAGCCCGGUUCCCGGGUGUGCCAGUUAUGGCCUUGACAGCCACCGCCACUGAGAAUGUCAAAGUAGACGUGAUGCACAAUCUCAAGAUCACCGAUUGUGAAGUGUUCGUGCAGAGUUUCAACCGUCCUAAUCUCACCUACGAGGUACGACCGAAAGGCAAGAAUGAUGAAGUUUUGGCCAGCAUGGCGGAAACGAUUAUGAAAUCUUACCGGAACCAGUGUGGCAUUAUCUACUGCCUCUCGCGAAAGACGUGUACGAAGGUUGCAGAGGACCUCGUGGAGAAGUACCGCCUGAAGGCCCGUGCUUAUCAUGCCGGUAUGAAGGCACAAGAAAAAUCGAAAGCUCAGAGCGACUGGCAGAUGGGCCGGGUUCAAAUCAUUGUUGCCACCAUCGCAUUUGGAAUGGGAAUCGACAAACCAGAUGUGCGAUUCGUCAUGCAUCAUAGUAUCCCGAAGAGUCUCGAAGGGUAUUACCAAGAGACUGGUCGAGCUGGUCGAGAUGGCAAGCGUUCUGGAUGCUAUCUUUACUAUGGCUACCGAGACUCAGCAACUUUGAAGCGGAUGAUCGACUCGGGAGAUGGGAGUUAUGAACAAAAAAGCCGCCAAAAGCAAAUGUUGAGAAACGUGGUGCAAUUCUGUGAGAAUCACAGCGAUUGCAGACGAGUACAAGUCCUCGCCUACUUCGCUGAAUACUUCCGUCAAGAGGACUGCAACAAGACCUGUGACAACUGCAAGUCCGGUUUGGUGUUUGAAAUCCAUGACUUUACCGAGCAGGCCAGCUGGGCUGUCAAGAUUGUGCGACAAUUCCAACAUUCGGAGGAGAAAGUGACUGUGCUUUACUGUUGUGACAUCCUCCGUGGAGAUUGCAAGCGGCCUAAAUCUCCAGACCAUCGCAAGAUGCCAGGGUAUGGAAAGGGGGCUAAUCUCGAUCGUGCAACGGCCGAACGUCUGUUCUACCGGCUGCUGGGCGAAGACGCAUUGGCUGAAGACAAUGUGAUCAACAAGAGUGAUUUCGCUGUUCAGUACGUCAUUCUCGGUCGUCGUGCAUCGGAGUAUGAAAGCGGCAAGCGGCAAAUGAAACUACAGGUUCGUGCCUCAACGAAUAGUAGUAAUGCGAAGACCAAGAGCAAGCCCUCGGUUGCCGCACCGAAGAAAACGUCUGGCACCCGAGGCGGCGAUCCUCAGUCUACCAUGGUCUCUUCUCCUGUUCAGUCUGCAAAAGAGCGCCGUCUUGACCGCUUUCAAUACAACGGUCCUUCAGCCGCAGAUCUCUCAGGGGAUGACAGUGAUGGCUUUGAGCCAGUCCGUGUCACUGGCAAGCCUCGUCGAGCCAACACUCAUCAGAUGGGUCCUCCAAUCACCAGCGACCAGAAGUUGGAUCGGCUUGACCAUAUGCAUCGUGUGGUUGUGGAAGACUUCCAAGAGCAUGCCAAGAUUAUGCUUCAAGAUCUUGUCGUCAAGAAGGGCCUGCGUUGCCAGCCGUUCUCUGACCAGGUGCUGCGCGAUAUGGGCAUCUCCUUCCCCACAAAUCUCACUGAGCUUUCAGCAAUCCCGAACAUUGACCAGGACAAGGUCAAGCGCUAUGGUCGGCAGAUUCUGGCAUUAGUCGAUAACGCGAAGCGGCGCUACCACGAAAUGACGCAGGAAGCAGAGACUAGUGGCGUUAUCCCAGAUCCCAAUCACCAUAAUGUCAUCAAUCUCAGCAGCAGUGAUGAGUACAGCGAUGAUGAUUUGUUCAUGGAUGAGGUGUCUGCCUUCGACCUUGAGAGUCCUGUCCCAUCAGCACCCAGCAAUCCAGCUGAAAAUAUCACAAGUCGCUACUUCCCCCUGCCGGAUCUCCCGGGGACUCUGGUGACGACUGGCAAGCUGCCCCAGCUCCUUCCACCUCCAAGGGUCGAAAACGUCAGCCUUCCAGUGGUAAGCGAGCGCCACGACGGAAAAAUGCCUCCACUGGCAGUUGGAAGGGCAAAGGCGCACGAUCAAAAACCAAAUCAGGGGCUACAAGCCAGUCCACUACGGCACGCAAAACUGCGAGACCCAAAGCUGCCAAGUCCACGUCCACAAUCGGAAUGA